UAAAUGCUAAUCGAUAACAAUCGCGCAAUAUUGUAAACUUUUGGAAGUACGCACCUUUCAUCACAAGGGAGGGUUAGAGUAGAGUUCACAGUUUGCGUUCGCAGUUUCGUUGUAUGACCUCGAGGCUUCGUAUCUUCGACAUAUUGGCAUACAGGUCGCGUGUAUUCACUGCGACAAUAUGAAGAAACAUAAGCGUGCAUACUCAUCGGUUCGUGGUUGUAUGUAUGUACAUAUAUCGUAACAUUUAUGAGGAGGUCAUCGAAUGGCAAAAGAAAGAGAGUAAUAGGUAGGCUAAAUAAAAGAAGGAGAGAUUAAGUGGGGACGCUGUAUGCGUGUGUAAGACAGGUGUUUCGACGUGAGUUUGGGUGCAAGGAAUAGCUCGAUUAUUGUUGGCGGAUGACACAAAAACAACGACAGUCAUCAGGCGUAUAAAAGUACGACGAAUUUUACCCCAAGGCAUCAGUCUUCUGGCGAUCUUCUUGCAAACAAACAUGGCUGGAAAGCUCAUCAUAUUCUUAAGCGUGGCAGUCUUUUCAAAGGGGGCGGUGGUACCGGCGAUACCGGCAGUGCCAGCACCUGUAAUAGCAGCAAAACUCGAGGAAUUAGAUGCGGCACCUCAAUACAGUUUCGCGUAUGAUGUCCAAGAUGCCGUAACCGGGGACUCUAAAGCUCAAUAUGAAACUAGAAAUGGUGACUUAGUACAGGGUAGUUACAGCUUGAUUGAGGCAGACGGUACUCGACGGAUAGUCGAGUAUACAGCGGAUCCGAUAAAUGGCUUUAACGCAGUGGUAAGCCGAGAACCAGCAACCGCUGUAGCAGCCAUUGCCGCCCCAUUGGUACCAUAUGCACCAGCCAUCGCGCCUGCCGCGGCAGCUGCACCUGUUCUGCCUGCAGCACCUGCACCAGCGCCAGCCAUUCCAGCCAGCGGUCCGGAUUCCGACGUUGAAGUAGUUGAAGCUAGAUCCGGUCCUCUGAUUACAUCCAAUGGUCCAACCGCUCGUGACGAGCAUCUUCGACAACAACAAGAGCAACAAUUGCAACAAUUGAAGGAGCUUGAAAGGCAACAACAAGAACAGCAACAGAAACAAUUGCAACAAUUGCAACAGCUUCAACAACAAUCCAGAUUGAGAUUUCAACAGCAAAUUCAGCAACAGCAGAGGAUACAACAAGAACAGGGACAACAACAACAGGAACACCAAAGACAACAACCAUUGCAACGACAACAAUCACAACAGCAAAAACAGGCUGUUAUACCAGUGAAAGCUCUUGCCACUCCGGUACAAUUGCCAGCAAAAGCUCCACAAGCAGCGAGAUUAGUCAAUUUGCCAACAACCAAAACUGUUACCACUUUCGCCUCUUAUCCUAAUGCCUAUGCGUACACAGCUGCUUACUCAUCACCCUUAGCUUACGCAGCUCCUAUUGGAGGUCUCACUUAUGCACCCGCUACCGCCCUUUUGUAAAAUUUUUAAGAAAUUUUUGUUAAAAUUGUUUUGUUAUUAAAUCAUGCCCGCUUAAUUGAUCAAGUUGUAAUAAAUAUAUCUUUAUAAUGAAUUA